AUGUGCAGCCCAGCAAAUAGUACUCGCUCGAAGACUGGGACUGGGUCGCACAACAUACGACGGCUGACUCUCCCGCGCGGCCCAGGAGGAAGCAGGAGGAUGAACGGCGGCAAGAAGAAGUUCGGCGGCGGGCGGGUGCCGACGGGGACCCCCUCGCUGGCGUGGUCGUCGGUGGUGGUGGUCGCCUCCCUCCUCGCCGGCGCCUCCAUCGUCCACAACAUCUACAAGCCCGACAUGACUCUCCCGCCGGUGGAGGUUGCUGACAGCAAUGGAUCUGGAGCCGGCAGCGACGAUCGCAAGGAGAGCUGA